GCAGACCGGAUCAGUACAGGAGCCUACCAGAACUUCUUCUAAAAUUCUAAAUAAUCCUUAUGUCUUUAAGAAGGACAUCUCUAUAGUUAUAAUCACGAUUUUUAAAGCUCUGACUUUCGAAAGUUUGAAUUUAGUAACAUAUGAGUAACAUAUUAUAGAGCUUUCUUCGGCCUGUCUUCGAUCUGCAUACAGAUUAUAAGCAUUUGUCACGAUCGACUGGCAAAAUGGAAUCAUAGCAAUAAGAUGGAUUCUCUCUCAAGAGUCAAACGCAAGGAAGGAUAUCUGGUUAAAAAGGGACAUGUUCGACACAACUGGAAAACAAGAUGGUUUGUUCUUUAUGAUGAGAGAUUAAGUUAUUACAAGAAAAAAGGGGAUAAGGAGCCUGUUGGGUAUGUGCUUUUACAAGGAUGCUUUCUUGUUAGUCCAUGCACAGAAUAUACGAAAAAAGAGAGUGUAUUCCGUUUGACCUCUAAAGAAGGUAUAGAAUACCUAAUCCAGGCUGUUAACAAUGAAGAACGUGAUAUAUGGUCUAGUGCGAUUGCUGAAUGUAUUAGGAAACUUGAAGCUAGAGACAGGAAAUUGAAAGCUACUGCUGAUUCAAAAAGGCUGUCACAAGUUCACAAGAGAGAAUCAUAUAAGGAAUCUAUAUCAAARAUAAGAGAUAUUAUUGAUGCAAUGCAAGAUCCAAAUGCUGGGGUACCUCUUGAUAAUCAUUACUGCAAACCUGAAAACAGAACACACAAGCUUUGUUUCACAGGUAUACAAAUAGUGGACUGGCUGCUAAAAUGGUCAUUCAUUGAAGACAGAGAUGAAGGUGUCGGGCUGUGUAAUAUUCUCUUGGAAGAAGCNGACAUUCUAGAUAUUAUUGAUGCAAUGCAAGAUCCAAAUGCUGGGGUACCUCUUGAUAAUCAUUACUGCAAACCUGAAAACAGAACCCACAAGCUUUGUUUCACAGGUAUACAAAUAGUGGACUGGCUGCUAAAAUGGUCAUUCAUUGAAGACAGAGAUGAAGGUGUCGGGCUGUGUAAUAUUCUCUUGGAAGAAGCGCACAUUCAACCGGUUGGAAUGACAAGUAAAAAUUCAUUCAGACGAAAUMGAAAAGAUUCUCGACAAAUGUUUAUCGAUGAAACAGAUGCUCUUUAUAGAUUUUCUGCUCUGAGAUUUAGCAGCACCCAAGAUGUUCUUGACUUUGAUUCAUCAGACGAGUCAAGCGAUUCUGAUGAAGAACCAGUCAAAAUACCGAUCCACAGCAAACGCAAAAGUACGCCAUGAUGCUGCGCACGCGCAAAGGUGUCAAAUACAUUUUGAGAGCCGGUUCCGAGAUGGAUCAAUUGGAAUGGAUUGAGAGUUUACAGAGCGUUUGCGAUGAACCGAACAAUGAUUAAAGGCCGYGUCGCCUUAGAUGAAGUACUUUCAAGUUUUCGUAGUCUGCGMACAGCCGAACCAAAAAUGUUCUUUGGCUUCGCGCAGGCAACGUUUUCGCGUCUUCGUAGAAGAAACACCAAARAAUAUUGUCUUGCCCUUUGCGAUGUAACAUAAAACAGGUUUUGCAAUUAUUCUUAGCUACCAUUGAAAAAGUGUAAGGACAACUUCUCCCAUCAUACUUUGCUACAGAAAAUGGCCUCGCUGUACCAUGGCUAUUUAGUAUUAUAAUUUUCAGUUAUAUAUCGCGGCCCGUGAGAAUAAUAUAUAUUACUUUUUUGUGUUUUCUUAGGUAUGAAACUUUUUACUUUGUAGUCUCAAAUUUUAUGAAUUCAAAUUUUUAUCCUAAUCUACCCUUAUUAUAUAUGAGGCAGGCCCUCAGAGCAACACAUUUGAUUUGRUUUUUAUCUUCAUAAGCAGAAGUACAUAUGUACUUGUGUCAUGUAAGCCAAUAGUAAUAUCAACGAUUUCUAAGAAAUCAUUUUCUAGGUAUUUUCUUUUUCUAGGUAAGAUGCUUAGGCAGGCUCACCUUAGCCGGAGAAUAUCUCACCUUCAUGGGUCUCGAUAAUAUAAUUUUCAUAUUUAGGGGCAGCUACUUCAAAAAAAUGUUGUCGGAGAGAAUGACGAAUAAAUGAUUGAAAAAUAUUAUGGGAAUUGACGAUUCGAGGUAAUCGACUUACCACGAAACUCAAUAGAAAGACAAAAGUUGUAUUUAUUGUCAACCUAAUAAUGGAGUCGUGCUUGYUCUCGCGUAGUGCAUCAUGGUAUUGAUGAAGUUUGAUUUCAAAGUCACGGUACCAUCAUUCGUCCGCUAGAAAGAAGACCAUUCAAAUGAAGACUCUAGUGGAAAUAUUUUUGGCCUCCAUGUUAGUUUUUCUUCAGAUGAGUGAAUACAAUAAAAUUCACGUCGAACCCACUGUAA